AUGGACAGUGUUGAGCCAAACCGCUGUCAGCACUGUGGGCACAACUAUCUUACAGUGGCCCUGGAUGAAACUCAGCUGGAUUUUCUUGGCCAGCGGGUAGAAAACAAGUCGCAGUCACUAUUGGAAAGGGUGAAGGCGCAAUGCCGGUGUUCUGCUUCCAGGAUGAAGAGCUUCCUGCUCACACUUUUUCCGGUCCUGUCAUGGCUGCCCAGCUACUCCAUCAGAGAAAACGCUGCUGGAGAUUUGGUAUCUGGGGUCAGCGUCGGGAUCAUGCACCUUCCACAGGGAAUGGCCAAUGCUAUGUUGGCAGGAGUACCUCCAGUGUUUGGACUCUACAGCUCUCUUUAUCCUCUCAUCAUCUACUUCAUCUUUGGCACUUCCAGACAUCUCUCCAUUGGUACUUUUGCCGUCCUGGCCAUCAUGAUUGGGUCUGUGACAGCCAACGUGGAGUUGCCUAGCAACAGCGAUGAAGAGAGUCAGCUCGCUGUGGAAGCUGCCAAAGUGAACGUGGCUGUACAACUCACCUUCCUUUGUGGUCUCAUACAGCUCCUAAUUUACCUUCUGCGAGGAGGUGGUGUGUGCCGCUGGUUGUCUGAUCCUGUAAUCAGAGGCUACACCACGGCAGCAGGACUGCACGUGAUCAUCCUGCAGCUGCCGCUGAUGACCGGAAUACCAGCACAGAGACACACAGGACUGCUGCCCUCAGCUUGGAUCAUCCUGGGCACCAUCCUGUCGGUGCAGAUGGAUCUGGCUGGACAGCACAGGGUCCAGGUGGUGGGACAUAUACCCAGUGGCCUAUCCCCCCCGGUUGUUCCCUCUCUGUCUCAGUUCAGAGACCUGUUUAUUCCGGCUCUGUCUGUGGCUUUGGUCGGCUUCAGUUUCCUCUCAGCCAUGGGCUCUGUGUUCGCCCAAAAACACGGCUACCAGGUGGAUUCCAGCCAGGAUCUGUUUGCUCUGGGCCUGUGCAACACCAUCGGAGGAAUGUUCCAGUGCUUUGCAGUCAGCUGCUCCUUUUCUCGCAGCAUGGUCCAGGAAAGUAUCGGUGUCAAAUCACAGAUGGCGGGUCUGGUAUCCGCUCUGAUGAUUCUGACCAUAUUGUUGAAAAUUGGUCAUUUCUUUGAGCAGCUGCCGAAGGCAGUGCUGGCUGUUGUAAUCGUGGUGAACCUACAGGGGAUACUGGCUCAGUUCAGAGAUGUGUGUCAGCUCUGGAAAUGUGACAGAUUGGAUUUGCUGGUGUGGGUAACGACUCUGAUCUCCACCCUGGUCUUUAACCUGGACCUGGGUCUGGCUGUGGCUGUCGUCUUUUCUCUGCUUACACUCAUCUAUAGGACACAAAACUCCACCAUAAUUGUUCUAGGUCGUAUUCCUAGGACAGACUGUUAUAAAGAUGUGGGAGUCUAUCUUGAGGCAAAGCCAGUCCCUGGGGUAACUAUCCUCUCAUGCUCCAGUCCAGUUCACUUUGCUAAUUCCGAACUGAUCUUCACUGAGAUCAGACAGGUGAUACACAAAGUGAGUCGUGAUCAGAAGGCAAACCCGGCCCGUGUCCAAACCACAACUUCCACCGUGACUUUGUCCUCAGCCCAGAAGCACACACAUUCUCAUUGCUUGGUUCUGGAUCUCAGCUCUGUCACAUUCCUGGACUCUGUGGCCAUGAUGGCACUUUCCAAGGUCAUAGAAGACUUAGACAAGCAGCGUGUCAGUGUGUUUGUGGCAGCGUGCACAGAACGAGUUUUAUCACAGCUCCAGACUCAGGGUUGUGUUCCAGACAGCCUGCCCAGCUCUCAUCUCUUUCCAUUGGUCCAUCACGCUGUGGAACACUGUCUCAGCACUCUGUCCACGUCUCCCGAGCUUGGGUUAACCAUGGCAGACAGGAGGAGAAUGAACUACAAAGUCCACAGGGACAUCAUGGAUGAGGGAACGCUGGAUGAGAUGGCAGAGAAGACCGACUCGAAACCGUCCCUUUGUGAGAAGAUGAAAAAGUCAAUGAGGUGCUCUGGACCCAGGCUGAAGAGGUGUCUGCUGGGAAGUGUUCCUGUUGUGUCAUGGCUGCCUCGCUACUCCUUCAGAGAAAACACACUGGGUGACCUGGUCUCAGGAAUCAGCGUGGGGAUCAUGCAGCUGCCUCAGGGUAUGGCCUAUGCUUUGCUGGCAUCAGUCCCUCCAGUUUUUGGACUGUACUCCUCCUUCUACCCAGUUCUCAUCUAUUUCAUUUUUGGCACCUCGAAGCACAUCUCAGUUGGAACGUAUGCAGUGAUGAGUGUGAUGAUAGGAGGCGUGAUAGAGCGACUGGCUCCGGACACAAACUUUAUGAUAUGGAGCAAUGAGACCAACUCCAGUGUCAUCGACAUUGUUAGUCGUGAUGCAGAAAGGGUCCGAGUGGCUGCAGCCGUCACCUUUAUAUCAGGAAUGUUUCAGAUUCUGCUGGGUCUGGUCCAGUUUGGUUUUGUGGUGACCUACCUGUCAGAGCCACUGGUCCGAGGUUACACAACGGGAGCUGCCAUCCAUGUCAUCGUGUCCCAGCUCAAAUAUACCUUUGGUAUCAACCCUGUGAGAUACAGUGGACCUCUCUCAUUGAUAUAUACUUUGGUGGAGGUGUGCUAUCUCCUCCCACAGACCAACAUAGGCACUCUAGUCGUCAGCAUCGUUGCCAUAAUCGGCCUCAUACUCGCCAAAGAGCUCAACACAUACCUCAGUAAAAAGCUGCCCAUUCCUCUGCCCGUGGAGCUGCUUGCUCUUAUAGUUGCUACAGUAAUCUCUUGGCAAGUUAACUUGGAGGGCAAAUAUGGAGUGGAUGUCGUGGGAUUGAUUCCCUCUGGCCUUCAGCCACCUGUGGUCCCAGCUGUCUCCCUGUUUGGCCAGGUGAUCGGGGACGCCUUUGCUCUGGCCGUCGUUGGGUAUGGCAUCGCCAUCUCUCUGGGGCGAAUAUUUGCUCUUAAAUACGGAUACAAAGUGGACAGCAACCAGGAACUAAUUGCUCUUGGCUUGAGUAACUCCGUUGGAGGAUUUUUCCAGUGCUUUGCCAUCAGUUGCUCCAUGUCUCGCACCAUGGUUCAGGAGAGCACAGGGGGGAAGACUCAGGUUGCCGGAGCUCUGUCAGCAGUGGUUAUCCUUUUCAUCACACUCUGGAUCGGAUAUCUCUUUGAAGCGCUGCCCAAGGCAGUGCUCGCUGCCAUCAUCUUCGUUAAUCUUCAUGGCAUGAUGAAGCAGUUCUUGGACAUCCCUGCUCUGUGGAGGAGCAACAAAACAGACAUGCUGGUCUGGCUGGCCACCUUCGUCUUCACUGUGUUGUUGAACCCCGACCUGGGACUAGCUGCUUCCAUUGCAUUCUCCAUGCUCACUGUCAUUUUCAGGACACAGCUACCGAAGUACUCCCUGUUGGGACAGGUGCCAGACACAGAUAUUUACAAGCCAAUGGAUGAGUAUGAUCAGGUGAAGCGGGUGCCAGGAAUUUUAAUCUUCCGUUCCUCUGCCACUCUCUACUUUGCAAAUGCUGAAAUGUACCAAGAAACACUGGAGAAGAAGUGUGGCAUUGACAUUACCAAAAUCCUGUCGGCGAAGAAGAAACUCGAGGCCAAAAGAAAGAGGCAAGAAAAAAAAAAUGCCAAGAAAGUCAAGAAAGAGCUCAAGAGGGGUGGAGAGGACAUGGAGGGGGAACAGAAAUUAGAGAACCACUAUGACGUUGCUGUCAUUGAUGUGGAUGAUGAGCCUGACCCCUCCCUACCAAGAGUAAUCAUCCUGGACCUCAGCCCUGUUAACUUCCUGGACACAGUGGGGGUCAAGGCACUACGAAGUAUUCGGAGGGACUACGGUGAAAUUGGCAUCGAGGUGCUUCUUGCAGGCUGUCAGACCUGUGUGGUGGACAACCUGCAGAGUGGGGGUUUCUUCAAUGAAAAGGUGACCAAGUCCUGUCUCUUCACGACCGUCCACGACGCCGUUUUACAUUCUCAAGCAUGCUGGACCGAGAACCAAAAGGAGGAGGAGUUAUCAGCAACACAUUUCUGAGUCCUGAGAGGACCGAUGGAAGAAGCUAUAUGGACAGAUGCUAUGUUUUGGCGAAGUUUUAUGUCUGGGGCUCCCGUCUGUCACAAACAGAGGCAAACAAACCCACAGUCCAACACUUAAAAACACAGAUGCACAAUGCAAAAGUGUGUGUGGGGAUGUUGUAAUCAGAUAGUGCAGCUUUGUAUCGGCCCUGUAACUGGCAUGAGUUCAAUUUAUGUGCUUGGCAUUCGACAAAGGACUGUUCGAUAAUC